AUAACAUAUGGCUUACAAGUGUGCUUUGUUGUGGUUACGAGUGGGAACUAAUAACGAUCUUUCAAUUGCAUGUGAUGCAUAAUCUUACGUGGCCAAGUUCCCUAUCAUUUAAUAGCUCUCCUGCAUUAAGAAAUUCUUAGAUCACAGUUUGCUCAUUUUUUAAAUUGUUCUACAAGGUGAGGUGGCAGUUUGUUUUUUCUUUAGCGUCAGUGGGGAUACCAAGUCAUUGGACUUCAAAUAGGAACAUCGAAAUGUUAAUAUUAUGACCAUACACAUUCGAUCGUGUGGCUUUAGGUGUUUUCUCUACAGUUUAAUUUUUCAGCUGUAGUUUGAGUCCCUGUAGGAAGUACAAGGAAAAUUUUUGUUUUGAUCUUAACAUGUGAUGGAAUGGUUUUUUCUUUUUUCGCACAAAUCACAGGCAGACUGGAGGCAAUGUUACUUGAAGCAAAGGGAUCUUGGGGAGAGGCAGAAAAGGCUUACUCAAGCCUUUUAGAGGACAAUCCUUUUGAUCAGGUAGUACACAAGAGAAGGGUAGCUUUGGCAAAGGCACAAGGCAAUUUGACAGGGGCAAUUGACUUGCUCAAUAAGCAUCUUGAAACAUUUAUGGCUGAUCAUGAUGCCUGGAGAGAGCUUGCUGAAAUAUACAUCUCCUUGCAAAUGUACAAGCAAGCAGCGUUCUGCUAUAUAUGAAGAGCUGAUAUUAUCUCAACCUACAGUCCCACUGUAUCAUUUAGCGUAUGCUGAUGUGAGGACCUUCUUUAUUUCAGCUAUAUUAUCUGAACCUGCAGUUCCACCUGAUCAUUUAAGCCUAUGCCACUGUAUCAUCCUGCUUCUUUAAAUGAGUUAUCAACCUGCAGUCCAGACUUGCAAUCUUUGGCAACAGCAGCUUUGGAGAAAGAGUACAAGCAGAGAGCUUCUGACAUACUCUCUGUGCUCACUUCAGCUUU